AACUGAACGAAAAGAGACGUAGUGCCUGUUGCUGUUUGAAAAUAAACGCGCGAUCGUUCUGAAUUUUGUGUUAAAUUUAAAUCUGUCUGCUUCCAAUACAUUUUAUAAAAGGAUUAUUUAUCGAUUUGGAAUAAAUGCUUUAAGAUUAAUUAAUCUUUUAAAUUAAGUACAUAAUAGUGUUGUCUAAGUGUCUCUUACAUCAAUCAAAAUGACAAUUGAUAACAACAAUAAAGGAGAAAUGGAAGUAGGAUUAAAGAGGCACAUGGGCCUUUUAGCAGCCGUUAAUGUCAUCUUGAAUGUCAUGAUUGGAAGUGGAAUCUUUGUAAGUCCACAAAAUGCUUUAAAGUUUUCCGGGAGUGUUGGUGCUUGUCUGCUAGUAUGGCUGAUUUGUGGAAUCAUAUCACUUAUUGGUGCUCUCUGUUUUGCUGAACUUGGAAGUGUCGUACCCAAAUCUGGUGCUGAAUAUGCAUAUUUAAUGGAAGCAUUUGGCAAAAAGAAAAACUUUUGGGGUCCAUUGCCUGCAUUCGUGUGUGCUUGGGUUUAUGUGCUGAUUUUAAGGCCAGCAGAGAUUGCAAUUAUUAUUCUGACAUUUUCUGAAUACUCAAUUCAGCCGUUCCAUAGUAUAUUAGGCCUCGAAAAUUUAAGUGCUGAUCAAAAAUCAAAUUUAGUGAAACUUUUUUCGUUUCUUACAUUAGCAAUAAUCACAUACAUAAAUCUUACGAGUGUAAAAUUGUACGUUAAACUUAACAACAUUUUUGGUUUUGCAAAAGUAUUUGCAUGCUUUAUCGUUAUCGCUGGCGGUGCUUAUCAUUUAAUCCUUGGCAAAACAUCUAAUUUACAGUCUGGAUUUGAGGGAACCAAUUUAAAGUUUGGAUUUAUCUCACUUAGUUUAUAUAACGGAUUAUGGAGCUUCGAUGGCUGGUCUAGUGUGACAACAAUUACUGAGGAAAUCAAAUCACCACACAAGAACAUUCCAAGAUCAAUUUUGAUCGCUGUGCCUUUAGUCACUUUACUUUAUGUGUUCAUGAAUGUUGCUUAUAUGGCUGUGCUAGAGAAAGAUGAAAUGAUAAAUUCAGCGGCUGUUGGAAUCUCAUUUGCAGAGCAAGCUCUUGGACCUGUUGGAUUUUUAAUUCCAAUCGGCGUUGCUCUAUCGACUUUUGGUUGUGCCAUGAGUAUACAAUUUGGUGUGACAAGGCUAUGCUUUGUUGCUGGAAGAGAGGGUCACAUGUUGGAACCGCUGUCAUACAUUCACGUCAAGAAACAUACCCCAGCACCAGCAGUUUUUCUUCAGGGUGUAUUAUCAGUCAUAUUCUUAUCAGUUGGAGAUAUUAGUGCAUUAAUUGAAUUUGCAUCAUUCCUUAUUUGGUUCUUCUAUGGAACAGCAUGCGUUUGCCUGCUAGUUAUGAGAAAGACUCACGCUCAUGUUGAACGAUCUUACAAAGUGCCAAUCAUUCUUCCAAUAAUCACAUUAUGUGUAUCAGUAUUCCUUGUUCUUACUCCAUUAAUUGAUGAACCAGAUAUAAAAUAUUUAAGUGCCGUUGGAUUUAUACUAAGUGGAGUUCUUGCUUAUGUACCUUUUGUAUAUUACAAAGUAAGGCCGCGAAUCAUGGAUGAAUUUACACAAUUUAUCCAAUUAUUCUUCAUGGUUGUGCCUACAACGAAUCUUGAGGAUGAAAAUUGCAACACUAUUGCUAAUGAUGAAAAGAUUCAUUGAUAUUUUGUGUCAUUUAGUGAUGAUUGGGGUGUGUGACGAUGCUGGAUUUAGAUAAGGAGUUGAGUAAGAUAAGAUAAAUUAAGGCAGCUUCUAAAUUAAUAAAGUUAAAUUUAGAUCCAUAAAAUUCACACCCCCUUAAAAAUGAUAAUUAACUUAGGUAAACACAUCGAAUGCAUGAAAAACUCAUCAUCUCAUUUCCUAUAAUAUAAACUUUGUAGUUUUUUACUGAUUUGUCUUUAUAAGAUUAAUUAAUUAAGCUUAAGAAUGUGUCAAU